AUGGCGGAGGACGACGCGGUUGCUGCUGCAAAGAGACUGCGACGGUGCACGGACGGGGGCGGGGACAUGAUGUCGGCUUUGCCGGAGCACGUCCUCCAAGAGGUCUUGUCCCGCGUGGGCACCGUCAAGGACCUGUUCAUGUUCGCCGCGACAUGCCGCCGCUGGCUUGGCCGCUUCACCCACCGGACCUUCCUCCGCGACCUCCUGAUGUGUCCAGCCCAGGGUCAGGGCCUCCUCGGCUUCUUCUUGCAGGACGCCAGGCAACGGGUGAGUGGGUGA